CUAGCUUCCAGACUCCUCUGUCUCUCCCGGCCGCGUUCUCCCCUCCAACUGAGAUCACUGCGCGUGCUGCCCGCGCCAUGGCCCCGACACAGCCGCCGUCGCCGUCGCCGCCGGCUGCAAUACACUAGCAACGCGUCUCCAGGCGGCUUCGGCCGAUCUAGGAAAGAGGAAUUUCUUCACGCCUUUUCUCCUCAUCUUGUGUUGAGGAGUACGGGCUUGGAUUCGCUGAGGGAUUGGGAGGAGAGGGAUAAAUAGAGUGGAGGAGGCAAGUGGAGAAGAUGGCGUCGGAAAUGGUGAAGGCGGCGACGAGCGACAAGCUCAAGGAGAUGGAUUGGGCAAAGAACAUCGAAAUCUGCGAGCUCGUGGCGCAGGAUCCUGGAAAAGCGAAAGAUGUGAUCAAGUCUAUAAAGAAGUGUAUAGGGGGCAGGAGCAAGAACACUCAACUCUAUGCAGUUAUGCUAUUGGAGAUGCUCAUGAAUAACUGUGGAGAGCCUAUCCACAGGCAGGUCAUUGAUAAUGGACUUCUUCCAAUACUUGUGAAGAUAGUGAAGAAAAAGACGGAAUUACCAGUUCGAGAAAAAAUAUUUCUUUUGCUUGAUGCUACCCAAACAUCCCUUGGUGGAGCUAAAGCAAGAUUCCCUCAGUACUAUGAUGCAUACUAUGAGCUGGUGUCUGCAGGUGUGCAAUUUUCAAAUCGUCCAAACGUUGUUGUCACACGAGCAGAAGUGCCAGUCCCAGAAACGAGAACAGAACCAAAUAAGGAAAGGUUAUCUACCCGAUUGAAUGAAGCUCAGCAGGAAGUGCACACUCAACCUGCUUCUGACACAAGUAUAGUUCGGAAAGCCUCUAGUGUGAUGGAAGUUUUAAGGGAUGUGCUAAAUUCUAUGGAUCCUAGACACCCUGAGGGAGCAACUGAUGAAUUUGUGUUGGAUCUGGUCGAGCAAUGUACAUUUCAGAAGCAAAGAAUAAUGCACCUUGUUAUGACAUCAAGGGACGAAGCUGUGGUAUCACAAGCUAUAGACCUAAAUGAAGAGCUACAUAAGGUCCUUGUGCGUCACGAUGCAUUGCUUUCAGUUCAGCCGACUACAACAGUAGCUUCUAAUCUGGAGGAAGAGGAGGAAGAAGAUGCUGAAAGUCUCUAUCGGAGACUGAGGAAGGGGAAAGCUCUUUCUCAAGAUUACACAGAUGAUUCUGUACCGUCAUUCCGAUCCAUACCAGAUGAGAAGAUGCGGCGCCCGCUGACCAUCCAGCCGCCUCACCCCGACAAGAAACUCGGCGCGCUCAGCAUCCGCUCUCUAGACCAGGAGGAGCCAAGACCCGAGCUCGCUCCACUGAUCCCCCCGCCCCCCGCAAAGCACGCCGAGAGGGAGCGAUUCUUCCGUGAGAAGAGCAUAGACGGCUUGGCCAGCCUGCCGGGCCACAUGAGGGGCCUGUCGCAGCACAGCCGGGACGGCAGCAGCUCGUGCAGCGGCAGCACCGAUUACGGUGACUAAGGUUCUAGUGGCAGCAGUAUAUAUAGGGUUUCCACCUUGGGUUGUAGGUCUCCUCCCCCCUGGCAAGGCGCAUUGAUGUUCGGCGAGGUUGUCUCGGCCUCAGCAUCAUCUUCUUCUUCUUCCUCAUGCUGACCUGUGUACACUUGGCUUGGUAGCUGAUCCUUUUCUCCUCUUCUUGUCCUUUCGCUGAUGACAUUAUUGGGAGGACCGUUGGGUCGGUGUGGUGUUGUGGGCUACUUUUCUCAGAUCUAUAUAGAUGAUUGUGAUCUAUCUA